CCUCAGGCACUGUUUCCAUGUUUUGUGUGUGUGGGUGUGUAUCUGACUGCCUACAGAAAGGAAUACGGUCUUUUCAGUGUGGAAGUUAGCUUCUCUUGUCUAGUAAAAAACACAAGAUAAGAUUGCUUUUAUUUCUUUUUUGAAUUUAUGCUAGAUCAGCUGUUCAGAGAGGCAUCAACUAGUUAUGGCUUACCGUCUGUUUGAAGGCAAGAAGCACGCUUCUUCCUACUGGAAGUAUAGGAUCUCUCCAUCAGAUCAUCUAAUACAACAGGUUCUCGACUUCCUGGAAAAACAGAAAGGUCGUCCCUUUGAGCUUGCAGUGGAUGUGGGUUGCGGCUCAGGACAGGGCACAGUGCUGCUUGCCAAACACUUUGCUUCUGUGGUGGGGACAGACGUUAGUCCUGCCCAACUGGAAGUGGCUUUGCAGCAUGCUAAAGAGCCAAACAUUACAUAUAGACAGUGUGUGGCCGAGGAGCUGCCUUUUGCUGACAGCUCAGUGGACUUGGUGACAGCCAUGUCUGCCUUCCACUGGUUUGACCGGCCACGCUUUCUCCAGGAGGCCCACAGAGUCCUGAAACCCCAUGGCUGCUUGGCUCUGCUCAACUACACCAUUGACAUGGAGCUCGACUACCCUGACUGCUUCUCGCAUGCACUCAACCAAGUCUGCAAAGAGUUUUAUGCAGCCUUGCAACCUUACCGCAGUCCCCACCUUGGUCCCAGCUCUGCUGAGUUAUACUGGGAGGCCUAUCAAUCCAUCCCUUACCCUGACAAGGAGUGGCAAGACUGUGUGUGGGUGAAAAGGCCCAUGCCUCUUUCCAGCUACAUGGGGUUGGUAGAGUCUUUCUCGAACUAUCAGACCCUGCUGAGAGAUGAUCCGCAGAAAGCCACCAGACUCUCCCAGGACAUCUCUCACAGGUUGAUGUCCGUAAUGAGGGUGACCUCUUUGGAGACAGAGGUGGUGGUGGCUGUGAAGUAUUUCUACCUUCUGACCUGCAAACCUCAGGAAGCCUGACUCCUGCCAGCACUCACAAUUUCAACAAAGUCAUGAAUGUAGUUACGGACACAGAAACCUGUGCAACCCUCCACUAUGUGAUCAACUUUUCUCUGUGAAUUCAGGACAAGUUAGUGUGUUGGAUGUUUGUUACUAAUGUAUAAGCUUGAGCUCUCUGUUUUACCUACAAAUGCCACUUAUUUGAAAGGAACAGUUAUACAUUUUGGGAAAUACGCUUAUUCACUUUCUUGCUGAGAGUUAGAUGAGAAGAUCUCUCAAGUCUAUACGCUAAAUAUGAAGCUAGAGCCAGCAGCCAGUUAGCUUAGCACAAAGAUGGGAAACAAGGAAACAGCUAGCAUAUAGUGGUAUAUAUAUAUAUAUAUAAAACCAGCUUCAUAUUUACCGUACAAACAUGAGUGUGCUGUUGAUCUUCUCAUCUAAUUCUCAGCAAGAAAGCUUUCUGAAAAUACUAUUGCUAAGUUACAGCAAAUACGGUUAGGUGAAAAAACAUGCACAAAUAUUUAUAUUUACUCUUCAAUAUCUGCAUCUAGCAUUCCUCUACCUCUCCUUUUCAGGUGCUAUUACUAUUUAUGUUUGCAUCAUAUUAGUGAUUUGGUAAAGUACACAGAACAUCUUUAUGUGGAGCCUACGUGAAUACAGUAUGUACACUUAAAUGUUGUAAAUGAUCUGCUAUAUUAGUCAUUGUCAAACAAAUUAAAAACGUGUAGUAUGUGGAGAGGUUUGUUUUACAAAACACCACUAGAGGGAGGCAUUUGAUCAAAACUGAGUAUUACCAAGCGAUAGUACAAAAUUCAAAAUCGAUUAAAAUUAUUAAAAUAAUUAAAAGGAAAAGCAGCGAAUUCUCACAUUUGUGAAGUGUGACUUGACAAUUAUCAAAAUAGUUGCCAAAUAAUUUUAUGUCAAUCGACUAAUUGAUUAAUCCACUAAUCAUUUCAGUUGUCCUGGUAUAAACUGUUGGGUAGUUUCAUUUAUAACAAAACGUCAUAUUUUAUAAGCUCUUCACAUAGCUCUUCAUCCUUUACAGCCUUGAAUUUUCUUUCUUCAGGUUGUCCUUCUGAUUCCUACGAUUCUUGUCAGCUUCACUCACCUGACAGGCACUUUUAAGGCUACAUUUACUCCUGAGGUCGGACUGUUUGCCUAUAUCGAAGUGUCUUAAAAGUGAACCAUAUUCAAAUACCCCCCCGCCUUCAUAUCUGUGAGGAAAUGCACUCAGCAACCUUUUUCCACUUUUCCUGCACUUUUGUUCUUCAUUCACUUUGUCACAAACAGAAAGAUGCGAGAUGCCCUCACUUGUGAGGUCCGGCCUCUUUCUUGGCUUCUGAAUAAUCUCAUUCCAUGCUGGAAACAUUUGUUACAAACAUAUUUUAGUGUUGGCAGUGCAGAAGUGUUCAGCCUUCAGUCCUUUUGUGCUGUGGGUAGCCGCUGGCAUGACUUGAGGCCGUGACCCGACUCUGACUGAUGCAGGUGAUCUGAGUGGGCAUGUUUGUAUUGUCUGCACCUGGUUGCACAGCGGCAGCAAGUUGUCAGCUUUUAUCUUUUGGCCUCGAGCUAUUUCGGUUUCCAACUUUGACCCUCCUCUGCUGUAAAGCCAACAUAGUCAUACCACACAAUUCCACUGUAAGUGUGUGUAUGUGUGUAGUAAUUUCCUUGGUGAAACAGACAAUAUCACUGAUCAAAAAGGGUAUAUUUUGUGGUUAUAGCUAUCACAAUGUUUCUUACUAUCUGUUUGAUUCUUCUGUUGACCUGCAUGCGGUGCAGUGCACCAUAUAUUGGUAUAAAAGAGCAAAAGUUAUGUCUGUCGCUGAGUACCAAGGAGCAACUUCAGCUCAAAUAUUUCUUUUCAUGAUGGGAUGCUCCCUUCUGUAAUACAGUGUAUCAGUGUCUGUCACUUUUAUUCGCUGACACACACACACACACACACACACACACACACACACACAAACAUUGGUCAUCAUCCUUAUAUGUUUACAUAGAGUACAUUUCAGUAUGUAUAUGCCAUGUUAUAAAAGAGGAGCCACACACAACCCGAAGUCCACCACAAAGGGUUAUCAAACAAAACUACUUUUCAGCACUCAUAUUUGAAUAUACAAGUAUGAGUUAAAAGACAUUUGCAUACUCAUUUGUAUCAGUCACAAGAAACGUCUUUCCUCCUCCUAUAUUCAAAUCAAGGAGGAUUUCACUGAUCAAACAGAAGUUAAUAAUGCUGAAGAUAAUUUGUAAUUGUUAAGUGUGUGUGUGUGUGUGUGUGUGUGAGAAAGAGAGAGAGAAACUUCAAACAGAAGAAAAUGGACUCUACCUCUUUAGGUCAAUGAUGCCAGGCAGUGAUAGUCACUCUCGCUUUCAGUGUACUCUUGUUGUGUUCAAAUACAGCAGAGUGAGUUGGACUGACUUCAAACCAAACGAGCUGUUCUGUCAAACAGUGAGCAUGUCUGGUGUGUCUGCUGUACAGAUGUUUCCAUCUCCUCACAGAAAGUGCUCACUGCAUCUGUGCUGAAACUAAAAGCCCUAUUGGACUACUGUGGACAUUUUCACGUGAAAAUGUUCACAUUUUCAUGUGAAAUGUUCAAAUGAAACCAUAUUUCAACUUAAGAAUAUGGCAGAAGUGAAUUAUACUCAUGUCAUAAAAUGUUUGCAUUAACAAAGCAAAUACUAUAUUAAUUUUCAAUAAAAAUGAUUUGACUUAC